AUGGGCGAGAUAGACAACAAGAUCACCGAAGAAAGGGUAGAGUCCGCCUCUGACUUCCCCCAGAAGCCUCAACUCGACGAUGGCAGCUUCAAGGCAAAUGUACAACUUGCCGACGGAGAUAUUACCUAUCUUAUCCCAACGCCAAGUUCGGACCCACGCGGUGAGCCUGCGGAUUAUCAAAGUCUCCUGAAAACCCAAGUGCUUCUUGCUAAUCAUUCGCCUCAACAACUCAGAUCCCCUCAACUUGAGCCCACUUCGAAAAUGGUCUCCGGCCUUGGAGCUCUUCUCGGAGAGUUUAUUCCUGAAUAUGCAGCCGAAGGCAGAGGAUAUGAUGAUAUUUCCCAUCUCAUGACUUAUCCCUCCUUGUUUAUGGGACUUGGAAACCUCAUUGGAAUGCCUCUUGCACUUGCAGUAGGCCGCCGUCCGGUUUUCCUCGGGUCUUGUGCCUUGGCCGUCAUAGGUUCAAUCCUCUGCGGUGUUCAGAAAGGCUAUACCUCUCACCUCGUUGCUCGUAUGGUCCUUGGCCUGGCAGCCGGUCAGAGUGAAGCUCUCUGCCCGCUAAUGGUACAAGAGGUUCACUUUCUUCACGAGCGUGCCCGGUGUCUCAUGUGGUUCACGCUUUGGCAGUCCACUCUCAGCGCUGUCUACUCCCUUCUUACUUCCUACAUAGCCGCUGGCAUUGGGUCGUCUGGCUGGUACUUCCUGGGCUCAGGUUUUGCCGCCAUCACUUUCAUCUUUGCGGUCUUCAUGGUACCUGAGACAAAGUAUGACCGACCGCUGGCAGCAUACCAAGGCCAGACUGCCCAGGUCUCGCACUUUGUCACAACUGCUAGUCCUGGAGUCGACGACACCACUGGAGUGUAUACGGAGAUGCUAACCCGCAAGACUACCACGGAGCCCCGUCAGCUUGACUUCGUCAACUUCAAGCCUCGCACCUUCGCCUCCGACCUCCGUCUUUUCACGCAAAAGGCCGAUUGGAAAGAAGGCUGGCAAUGCUGCACUGGCAUGGCUCUCGUUACUUUCUUUCCUGACAUGAUGUGGGCACUUCUGCUCAAUGGCCUGACGAUCGGCGUCAACAUCGCUCUUGGUACCACCUAUGGCGGGAUCCUGCAGAAUGCCCCCUACAACUGGAAAUCAUCAGUCGUCAGUUUCGCCCUGACCGGUCAAAUUGUCGUCGCAUUCCUUGCCUUGCCACUUCUGGGUCGAGGAUCAGACUGGGUCAUUAAGUUCUUCGCUCGAAGGAACGGCGGUGUUCACAAAGCAGAAUACCGACUGAUCCCUCUCAUCAUUCCCGUCAUUGUCGGUACACUCGCGGCCGUGAUCUACGGCCAGGCAGCCGAGCACCCCGAUAGAUAUCACUGGUUUGCCAUUGUGUUUGCUCUUAAUGCCUACUACUUCGGCUUUGUCGGAGCAAACCAAGUCGGCAUCACCUAUGCUCUCGAUGCGUACCCGACGCGGUCUGGCCCGGUGCUGGUCAUCAUCUGCGCUAUGCGCGGCGUCAUCUCUUUCGGAACGAGCUAUGGAGUGACACCUUUCAUCGCCUCAAUGGGAUACGAUGGUGCAUUUGGUAUUUAUGGAGCUCUUACGGCAGGUAUCGGCGCUGCUGGAAUCUUUGUCUUCAUCUGGGGCACCCAGAUCAGAGAAAUGGUCUCGAAGUGGUCCAUUGCAAACACCACGACAACCCCUUCAUACAAUCAUUAG